AUGACCCCAUCCAUGACCCUCUCUGAGCAGUACCCCCUCCCGGACAUCACAGACGAUGCACUGAAGACGGAAGUCUUCACUCACAAGUCUGAAAAGCGAAAGCUGCUCGUCAACCAAGAUCGGCUGGCAGUCUGGGCUGACAUUUACGGAUUGCCAUCUCGCCUCCAGGUCCAUUAUUCUGCGGAACUUCUCCUUCGUCAGAAUACGGCAACAAAGGCAAAGCUUUUCCAGGCUUAUGUUGGCGCGCUCUUCAUGCAGAGCGACAGGAAUUAUCGGACUGUCGAGGAUUGGUUCGGCCAAUUGGUCGAACAAGGCCUGGAGGACAUAGUGGCUUUCGAGAACGCAGCUAAUAGUUUAACUGAAAAGCUCCAGACUCUCAAGUUGAAGGGACCAGCCGAGGAGCACCAGCCCGCGCAAGUACCAUCGUCGCCUUCCCCAAGUACCUCGAGUACUUCGUCUUCAAACGCGUCUUACCAGAGUCAGCUCGGUUCUUUAGCACUUUUUAACCAGAUAUGUGCGCAGAGAAACAUCCACCCAGACUGGCAAUGCAAUAACAUGGGCAGCCCUCAUCGACCGACGCACAAAGCGACCGUGAGACUGUCUCCCACCUGUGAAAUUGUCGGGACGGGUGUCGGCGGCAAGAAACAAGAGGCCAAAGAAAAAGCAGCCGAAGAGGCCAUGGAGAAACUUGGCUGGAGCCAGGCCGAUUAG